UUUAUGUCACUAGACUAAAGUGGAAGGGGGCAGAUGCUCCGAGAAAGAGGCUUAGAACUAUCCCCAAUAGGCAGGGGCAAGAGCUAGUCCUGGAAGUUACUGAAAUGAAUGAACACAAACGCAUGUUGCACUUAGCAGUGCCAAAAAUAUCAUUGGGGCUGAGCAGCCCACUUGGUCUGGACUUGCAAGCAAGGAGAGGGCCCCCUCCUCACCAGACUCUCUCUUCCCCCUUGAAUCCUGCUCUUUCUGAUGCAAAGUAUAUGGAUUUAUUGCCCCAGCUGCCUGACAGAUGUUCUUGCCUUCAGCAGCAGCAGGGCAGUUGGAAAUUGCACUUGGAAAGCAGCAGGUGCAAACCUUUCCUUACCAAGAGUGAACGUUCUGCUCUGCAAGGCCUCCUUAAGAAUAGCAAGUUACCAGUCCCAAGACCUCCAGGGCUAGCCUGCUCCACAGGUGGCAGAACACAAGCAGGCAGCAAUUCCAACUUGAGGGAGAAGACAGGAGCCCUUCGAGGGCUGAGGAGGCAACAAGCCUACAUCCACUUCUCCAGUCCCCUACAGCCAGCUGUUAAGCCAUCUCCCAGCAAAUCUAGGCCUGAUGAGAACAACCUCCCAGCAGAAGCAGCUGCCCAGAGAAAGAUGCAGCCAGCAACACUGAAAUACUUUCCUGGUGCUAGGGCACAGAGUUUGCUUGUGUGUGGGCUCUCCUGCCUGCCCUUGGCCUGGGGGGCUCUGCCUUUGCUGCCCCAGAUCAGAAAAUCCAGAGCAGAGAUCCAUGUCUAUAUACCCCGAGAGGAAGACAUCACAGACUGUGAAUCACUGGAUGAAGACGUGGACAAUCCUCCAAAUCCAUUGAGCUUGCAUAAGUGAAUUUGUUCACCGGGAGCUGUUGAUGUCUGGACCAGUGCUUCUUAAACUGUGCCGUGGAACGCUGGUGUUCCGUGAACAACUUGUAGGUGGGCUGCAACCUCUUCUUUGUUUUGUGUUUUGUCUGAUAAUUUGGGUUUUUUGAAGAAAAUUUUCAUAGGUGUUCUGUAUUAAAAAAAAAAAUUGUUUGGUGUGUUGUGGUCUCAAAGUCUGAGAAACACUGGUCUGGGUGGAAAUGGAAUAGCAAUGCUGUCUUGGGGGUGGUUCUGCGGUAUAGCAUUUUGGUAUCGCUAGUAUCUAACACUGGGUUCUAAUCCAUUAUAAAUAUCAUGAUUGCAGGGGGGAGAGAGUACAGAAACCAGCAUGAGAGCCUUCUCUCUAGGGUGUUUAGGAUAGAGGGCAGCAAGCCUGGGUUGUCUUCCUAGCCCCCCCCCAGGGAUGUGAUAGUGGUUAACCAUUUACACUGGGCCUGGGCUUUCUGGGUAACAUUCAGGAUUACAUCGGGUGCCUAUCCUCCACCCCUGCAGAAUCAGAUACAGCAAUGUGGGUGGGAGGGGAGAUAAGAGCCAGUGCUUGUGAGGAGCUGGCUCCUAGGCAGCCCUUCUCCUCCCUGCCAUUCCCCUCUCCCCCAGUGUGACCUGUUAGCAGCAGCAGUGCAGAGGGAGGCAAGUUCCUCCCUGGAAAUCCCCUCCCUCACUGUAAAUUUUCAGGGGUUACAUAUUUACCCUAAUAAUGCAUCUUAACAUCCCUAAACUGCAACCAAAAGUUGCUGAAAAAAGCCGGGGGGGGGGAACACCCCAGUAUCCUACAGUUAUGGUCUAACACCCCCCAUGUCAGCCUCUAGCGUAGGUUGCUUUGUGCAAUGCCUAGUCCCUCAUGGCACAAUUCUCUGGAGUUCAAUCACUUGAGAUUAGUUGAGUUACAGGGGUGUGUGAAGCUAGAAAUUCCCAGGCUGGGUCAGACCCAUAGUCUUCCUCGCUCACUGAGCUGUCUGAGAGCGACCAACAUCUCACACACUUUUUGGAAGGUACCCUCUCAGCCCCCUCCCUGCAGCCAGGUGUGCAAGGAUUUGCCCUAGCCAGAUUGCUGACAGAGAUGCUGGACUUGUUUGAAAAGCAAACUGCUUCCCCCAAGAAGAGGUUGGAUGUGCACAGAACAUCUUUAAGACCCGCUGGAAGGUAGAGCUGUUGGGACAAAGUCCAUGAAGUCCAGAGUUCAUAAUCCAGGAGGAUGUCCUUUCUGUAAUCGGUUUUUAAAGGUAUGGGGGUGAAUUCAUACUGAGCAUAACCCUUCUCCCUUAGGUUAGGGCUGUUAUGGCAGCAGGGUAAGGUCCAUCUAGCCCGGUGUUCUGUUUUCUGACAGUGGCCAAUGCUUGGUACCCUGUGGGAAUAAAU